AUGAGCACGAGACGUCCGAAAAGACUUUUGGCUGCGUGCCACUCUCAGAAAAUCAAGUGUUCGGGAGAGAAGCCUUGUCAGUCAUGUAAUUCUACUGGAAGGGCUGAUGAGUGUGAGUUCCCUGCGAACAAAGAGCGCAAGAUACCCGUUUCUGAAAGUUAUCUCAAGAAACUUGAAGAAGAUAGUCGCAAACUUCAAGCCAUCUCUACACAUAACCAAACACCAGAGCCAACUCCCUUCAACAAUGUUAAUAUCCAAGAUGACUCACCACCCUCCCUCUCAAAAGAAGAAAGCAACCUCUUCAAUCCCCUCUUCGACCGUCAACCCGAAAAGCCCAUCCAAGAACGAUCCUCUGAACCAGGUUUCAUAGGCGAAGCUUCCUGCGCGGCCUUCAGCAAUCGUCUCCUCUCAUGUCUUGACGACACAUACACACCCUCCACAGCCGGCCUAUCAAAUUAUCUAAAACUCAACACAUACGACCGUCUCCCCGUUCCCGAAUUUCCAGAACGAAUGCACGUUAAACUCCUUCUCAAUGUAGCGAGACGCUUUAUUGGGAAUUAUCACCCGCUGUUUCUGGAGGUGACGUUCAUGAAGGAGAUCGAUGCGGUGUAUAGACGAGAGAUGGUGCCGAGUUCGCUUUGGUUGUGUAAGUUUUAUGCGCUUAUGGCUUUGGGAGAGAUUUAUACGCAUAGACGAGGAGAGAAUCAGGAUUAUUAUGAGGAGCCUUCCUUGAUGCAGGUGGAGGUUCUCACAUUGUUGGCCUGGGCUUCAAAUGUCCUCGGUCGAAUAAGAACAGCAUACUGCUACAGCGGCAUCGCAAUGCGCAUCGCUCAAAGUCUGGGUAUGCACAGAUCAGCAUCACGACACACAACCCUCACACCAGUCGAGCGCGAAAGUCGAAGAAGAACAUGGUGGGUGUUAUACUUCUUCGAUCGUUUCUCCGCAUCAAAGCUCGGUCAACCUAUUACAGUCCGAGACGAAGAUAUCGACGUUGAGAUGCCGAGUCAAGAGGGACUCACAAAAGAAGAGAUGGCCGAGUUUUUGGAUCCGCAGAAUCUGAUUACGAAUAUCAAGUUGGCGAGAAUCAUUGGGAAUAUCUUGACGCAUAUUUAUGGUAUCCCCAAAGCUACGAAUGGUCUCUACAUCCAUCAAGUCCACGGCAUCCUCAAACAACUCCGCGCCUGGCACGACGAUCUCCGUCCCGACAUGCGCGUCAAAGAACGCGGCACACCGCGCCCCGUCGCAAGUCUCCAUCUAGCCUACAACCAAUGCAUAAUCCAAACCACGCGCCCCGUCCUCCUCCACCUCUUCAAAACACAAUUUCAACUUGCCCCAACCUCUAAACCUCGGCAAAACGUCUCCUCCAUAACGCUAGCCCUUGCAGAAAGUUGUGUAAACGCCGCACAAGCUUCGUCUAGGAUUGUAGAGGGUUUGUUUCUGGAUGGUAGUAUCGCUACGUUUGGAUAUUGGGAUGCUCAUCAUAUUUUUUCUGCGGCUAUGAUUUUGAUUAUGUCGGCUGUUAUGAAGCCCACGGCUGUGAAUUCUGAUCAUCUGGAGACGUUGCUAAGUGUGUUACGAUCUCUAAAGAAUGAUGGAAAUAUUCCUGCUGUGGACUUUUGUGAAAGGUUAUCUCACAUACAAACGCGAGUUUCUACAUUACGAGCGACGGGGAGAUUGGAUGGGAUACCUCCGGUCACGGAGGAGCAACAGAAUAUCACUGAGAACAGCGCUUUUCAAACGCCGAUGAGCAUGGAUGGCUCAGGAUUAAACGAAGCAGGUAUAAUUGACUAUGAAAACGUGGAUAUUUUGGGAAAUCCGCUUAUUGGGAGCUUUUUGGAUGGAAACCAAGUUCAAUGGUUGGAUGUACUUUUUGCUGAGGAUGGGACUUUGAAGGAUUGUGCUUCUGAGAUUGAAGAGCAGUUUUUGUUCAGCAAGGAACAUUUUACCGUUUGA